UUUCCCUUCCUCGACGACGACAACGUCCGACAUACCUUAAACAAUGUUCGAGGAAAUAUGCCUGGUCUGCGGCAAGCACCUGCAGGACGAUGGCAGAGCUUAUUGCAGCGACGACUGCCAGAACUCUGACCUCGCGUCCCCUUCUAUAUCCUCGUCCAGCAGCGCACUCUCGUCCCCACAGCUUGGCUAUGCUCAAGGCCCCGACGUCCCUGCACUCAGCUCCGCCCUCAGAAAGUCAUUGGGACGCGAUCCAUACUACCUUCCAUCUGCUUCAAAUCACUGGUCUCUUGUCGACGAGGACGAUGACCCCUAUGCCCGGGGAGAGUACGCCGUCCGUGCCGACUCUAUCUAUGAUGCAAGUUCAAAGUCGGCCAGCUACGUCUACGCCGUGAUGCCUUCCGCCCUCUCCUAUGCCCGUCGCCCGUCCGGCACCAACAAUUAUUCGACAGUACCCCAGGUUCACCAGCGCAACUCGUCCGCCUCUUCCCCCGCUCCCAUCAACCGCCGCACUGCCCGUGGCGCUCCCCGGAGUGCCCCUAAUUACUCUCACUCGUCCUCGACCGACGAGGAAGAUUUCUCGGACUAUUGCCGAGACGUCGCCGAUGAUGCAGACUCUGAAAGGGACAGCGCCUCUCGUUCAAGGCGUGCCCGCAACCGCACAAGUCUGCCUGCCUGCUUUUCUUUGCUGCAGAUCCAGUCGUCUGCCGCAUCCCCAAAAGAAGCCGUCAAGAUCUCACCCGUUUCAUCAUCUUCAGCCAGAACUAUUGCUCGCGCUUCUCCUCCCACACCCAAACACCCCAAAUCCGACACUUUGUCAAAAUGGCAGUUCCCCCGACCUCCUAAUCUCACCCAAGAUACCCCUCGAGGUCGUCGUCGCGACGCAGACCAUUCCACGUCCAGUCGUCGCUCGUCAGUUUCCCGCUCUCGCUCUCGCCAUGUGCGCAGGUUGGAAAGUCCGAGGCCUGUAGGCAAUGCUCAGCGCUCGCACCUUGAUGAUGUUGAACAGGUGUCUGACUGUCGACCUCGUGGUCGCACUUCUAUUCGCAGGGACAGUUCUCCUCCACCUCGAAUGCUCAUGGGUGCUGAGGAUCCCAGGGUCCUAGCAGCUCUUCGAGAUUCCCAAAGGUUCGAAAGGUCACAAUCGAACUCGAAAAGCCGAACAAGGCGCGGUCGUGUUGGCGUCGACGAACUCGGCGGCGUGGGCAGCUUUGCCCUUGCCCCAGGUUACGGCCACGGCAGGAGUGGACUCAUGGACCACGAGCGCUAUGCCGCCCACCGGGUGCCUCUAUGA